CGGACGGGUGUAACCGGAGAAAUGAAGCUAUUGUACCUGACCUGUGCGCUCCUGGCGAGCUUCGCUGUGAUUUGGGCCGCCAGUGGAGAGGAGGAACAGGAGGAGGAGCCGGGAACUGAGCAACUUGCCAAGCAGCACAGCUCGAGGCAAAGUCCUGGCCAAGGAUUCAAGAUCAUAUCCUUCGAUGCAGUGGGCAAAAACAUUGCUCUGGGUCUGGAUUACCUAGUGCCCUUUCUGGAGGUUCCUGUCAAGCGAAAGAGAAAUGCUCCGCCGAAGCCACUUGUGAUCGUAAAUUCAGCGGCAGUUGUUAGCUGUGGACUCGUGGUGGCAGGAGGAGUUCUUGUGGGCCACUUGAUCCGCAGCUUGGGAUUGGAAGCCAUUACAGGAGAUCCGACCAAGCCCAUUUUCGGUAACUCUUCCUUUCUUAAACCAAAGUCCUCGGAGGAGAUUUCACCUACCUCUACUCCUUCACCUGGAUUGAAUGCUACAAAUGCCACCUCCAGAGGACUUUUCGAUGAGGAUCUUAACAUUUCUGGAUUCUUUGACAACUUUAAGCUGAUAUACCGCAACGAAACUGGAGACAGAGUGGCCACAAGUCUUCCCAAUAUUAUGGGAAUCAUCGAACAAUCGUUCUUCAAGAACGAGGUUGAUCUUUCCGUGUGCCUGCUUAAAUCCAUUUGCACUUUGACCCACAGAGCAGGUGAAAAAGUUCUGAAGGGUGAGGCUUCAGAUGUGGAGCAUCUACUGGAUGGAGCCUCCAAGUGGUCCUGGCUGCUGGCUUGGCUGGAGCAAUCCGCUUUUCGAGACGCCAUCGAUGCGGGGAAAGUAAGUUCGCCCCAUCACUGCACCAUCAAGUACCCGGAGUGUAAGUGGACGGCUCCGGAGGAGCAAAUUAUGGAGUUGUUGCGCAAUAACGUCCAGUUUAAAUAGGCUAAUGCAAAAUUACUACAUAUGUACAUUACACGAAUAAAUGUUUUUACAUUUACUCUACAUGAUCCGUACAUGGAUGGGGUUUGCGUCUCGAAUUCGACGUCGAAUUAAUUUGCUUGCG